AACAGCCGAUUUGCUGUCAUCCCCAUAGUUCCAAUCGAGCAGGAGACCUGUCAAAACGACCAGGAUUCGCCACUUUGGUAUACUCGAGACACUUUAAUAAUCGCAUCCUGCAGUCCAGCACAAAUUUUAUCGAAAAAAUAAGUGUUUUCCGUGAAAAUUUCUGUUAAAACCCUGCGGACCAAUGUCCCAUCUGUUGCGUAACUUCAGCCGGCUGGCCAUCGGCAGUUCCAACCGCUUAAUGCCGGCCUUAACCGCCUUCCCCGCGGUCGCCACCAACCAAUUCCACACGAGCAGCACGUUGUCCAAGAAGUGGAACAGUCACAGUACCGGCCCGAAACGAUGGCUCGAUUACAACAAAAUCGUGUACGCACCGCAAACACCGGACGAAACCCCCCGGCCAGCUUUCGUGUGCCACCAGAAGACCAACAUCAAGUACAGCCCGAAAAAGAUGUGGUACAUUGCCAGCUUCGUGCGGGGCAUGUCGGUGGACGAAGCCGUCAAGCAGCUGUCCUUCAUCGAUAAGAAGGGAGCCGCCGCAGUGAAGGAAGCGAUUCUGGAGGCGGUGGAAAUGGCCGUCAAGCAGCAUAAUGUGGAGUUCCGGUCAAACCUGUGGGUGGCGGAAUCGUUCUGUGGCAAGGGGCGAGUGUUCAAGGGUUUCCGUCGGCACGGACGGGGCCGGUUCGGUGAGGUCGAGUACAAACAUUCGCACUACUUUGUCCGGCUGGAGGAGGGAAGCCCACCGGAGAAUUACUACCCGGGACAGGAACCGAAGAGUGGCGACCAGAUGCUGCAGGAGUGGCUGGAGUCCAUGCGAAAGCGGAAGGUUAUCAAUUCGCUGUAGAGGUUUGUGUUGGAAUAAAAGGAUGAUAGUUUCGGUUUGAAA